AUGUGUUACGAAGCACUGAAAUUUCUCCCUCCUUCUGAUUUGUAUCAAUGCAUGAAAUCGGGAUCAUUCCUUUGCAAGAUCAUUGUGCAAUACAAGGUCUUGGCUCCGUACUGUGAAUCAGCGCUGGCACUUCGUUUGUGCACAACACAAGAUCAUAAUGAAUCGUGUUUGAUAUCAAUUUUAGAAACGGCCGGAAGAAUGCAUUCGCCUCCCAUCAUGAUGAUGUCCGGAUAUGAGGAGAGAACGAAGAAAUUACCACAUGCUGCUCCUAUUCUAUUCAAGAAUGAUUUAUUACAAAUCAUGUCUUUCGGCUUGAGGAGGAACAACCCGAGAAUUGUGUUUUCAACCUUACAUCUCCUUACUCACUCACCCUUGUCUAUUGGUUCAAACCUCCAUCCUCAGAAUCAUCCACAUGAUCUAUCAUCACUCACCGAACAACCACCUUCACCACUCUCAUGGCAAGAUCUCUCCCAAGUCUUCCAAUACAUGACAAGCAUUGAACAACUUUCUCCCGAGCUCUUCCGUAACCUAUUCACCCAUCCUUCCAUUCAACCUUUGAUCCCCGACUUGAAAACUCACCUACUCGAUCAACAACAACAACAACCAAACCAUCAAACUCAAACACGCUCUCCCUACCGACCACAAGUGGUUUUAUUUUUUUUAAGGCAUGCGUCCCAAGUCCCGAACAUGGAACUCUCAUGCGAGGAGUGGCUGUCUCUCUAUGACUCGAUGGACCUUCUCGAGUCCUCAACCUACAACUUUGAACAUGUCUUGAUGUUUGAGGAUUCCAUUGUGGAUGUUCUUUCUCACCUAUGGAGCUUUAAACAAGGGAGAAGCCGCAUCGUGAGAGAUUAUUGCACGUUAUUGUCCAUAUGGACAGGCCAGACGAUUGAAUUGAUUGAUUUUCUCCUGUGGAUGAAUGCAAAAGAAAGAAGGAAACAACUGCCACGUUUACUUUCAAUCACUUCAGUCUCAUGGAAAAAAGCUGUCUUGAAUCAUACGAAACAAGAAUUGUUUCAUGAAUUUUCCUGGCCAUUCUUUGAGUGGGCAAAGCAAAAUUUUCAACAUGGUUUAAUGUUGAAAUGUUUGGAAAGGGAUUCUGUGUUUUUGUGUGAGAUGAAUGCACAUGAUUUUGCAAUGGAAUUGAUUGUUUUUAGAAGAUUCUUGUUAUUGGCCAAAUUCUUGGAGUGGUUGGCAAUUUACCAAAAAAAGGAAAACUAUGGAUUGCCACACAAACAUGUACAAAGUCAAGUACUGGCCAUGCUUCGAGUUCCAAAUGCCAGAUCUUUGUUAAUUCUUGUGUUAGAAAGGGCAUUUCCGCUAGGAUCUUUCGAGCAUUCCAACUAUCUUGGAACUCGUCGUGAUUAUUGUAAGAAUGAUCGAAUUUGCAAUGAAAAAGAAGGACUCAUUGUGUUCAUGAACACAUUGGAUCUACUCUUCCCAUUGGCUCUAAAGAAAGAAGCAGCAGUGACAAACACCAAUGCAGGAGAUGAUUCUCUGAAAGAAGAUUUGGUUGAGAAAAAAGUCAUGCUUUUGCAAAACGAGGAAAUUUCAAAAGUAUUGAAAAAGCUUCGACUUGAUCAUAUGCACAAGAAGAAUCGUUCAACCCCUCCAACACUUGAAAUUAACAUGAUGAUCGAAGGAGAUAAUUUGAGGGAUGAAAGUAGUUGGAGAAAUUCGAAUGAUAUCAUCCUUAAUGAAGACUUUGAAGAAUGGUGUUCAUCUUCUUCGACUUAUUCAGACGUAUCGCAAGAGAUGAGUGGCGACGAUGAGAAUGAGCAGGAAUACGAGGAUCUUGAAUGGAUCUCCUCUCAGCAUCAAAUUCUUGAAAAAUUCAAUAAGAAAAGAAUCGAAGGCUUAGAGAGACUCUUUUUCGGCGAGGAAGAAGAGUAA